AUGUCCCGGCCCUCGUCUCCUGAGCGAGACAACAGGGAGAAGGUGAGGUACGACGACGUUGACGUACCCGCUGGCCCAUCAGGGAGCUCGAAGCGCGACGACAAGCGCAGCGAUCAGCGCUACGACUCGGACCGCGAGCGCCGCCGAAGAGAUAGGGAUCGAGACGACAGGCGCCGCGAUCGGGAUCGCGACAGAGACUACGACCGUGACAGGGAUCGACGACGAAGUGACAGGAAGCGAGACGAUGAGCGCCGGGAACGGAGACGUGACAGGAGCCGAUCGUCGAGCCGCGAGAGAGAGCGCACGCGUGAUCGGGAUCGAGAUCGGCGCCGCGACCGCGACAGGGAUCGAGACCGGUCGACAAGCAGAGACAGAGAGAGGCGGAGAGACCGUGAACGUGACCGAGACAGGCGAAGAGAUCCAUCCACGAUCGAGCGGCGAAAGCGGAAGGAAGCGAAGCGUGCCGCGAAGGCUGCCUCUCGCCGUGAGGCCGACGCCGAGCAUGCACGCAAGCUCACCGAGUUGACGAUGUACUCCUCGAAUAGCAACCCGUUCCAGGACCCGAACCUGACCGAGAAGUUUACCUGGCACAAGAAGAUCGAGAAGGACAAGAAAGCCGGUCUGACUGCUGGGGACAUUGCGCGGCGCGAGGAGCAGCGCAAGCUAGAGGCGAAGCAGGAGCUGGAGAAGCUGAACAAGAAGCGUGCCGACCGCGAGACGGAGAUGAAGCUGCGCGAAGAAGAGGAGACGCGCAAGCGACGCCUUGCCGAGGAUGCCCAAAUGAUGGAGUGGAUCGACAAGGAGGACGACUUCCAGCUCGAGCAGAGCCGGCGCAGGGCUGGGAUCAGGCUGCGUGAACGCCGUGCCAAGGCGAUCGACUUCCUCGCUAUCAACCUCCGGUUCGCGGACGCGAAGUGCCUCGGAAAGCAGACAGCUGCGAUCGGUGCACUCGCGGGUGCCUCAGCCCGAGAAGACGAGGAAGACGGAUGGGGAUGGGCAGACGCCGGUCUCGAGUUCGAGAUGGACGAGCCAUGGCUCAUUUUCGAGCUCGAGCAGGACAUCAAGAUGUACUUGUCGCUGGAGAAGAACCCCGUCAACAUCCAGUUUUGGGAGGCGAUGCAGGUUGUGUGCCAGCACCACCUUGCUCUGCUCCGGGACCCUGACCGCGCGGUGGGCGGAGCGCAGUACAACGCCGAAGUCGACGCGAGCGCGAGCCAGAUUGUGACGGGCCUCUCGAUCUCGAAGCUCGACGCGCUGGAGCAGCGUACGCGCGACCUGCUCUCUGGCGGGGGCGCCGUCGACUCGGAGUUCUGGGCGCUGGUGCUGGACAAGAUCGCCAUAGCCCGUGCACAGAACCGUCUCGCGGGCAUCCACGAGAUUGUACUGCGCAACCGUCUCGAGCUGUUCAAGAAGCGCCAGCGCGAGGACGCUGCACGUGCCCAGGCUGACUUGGCCGAUGGCGAGGAAGGCGAGGACGUGGAGGAGGCGUACGAAGCCGACGAGGAGGACUACGUCGAGCCGUACGAGCGCGACAUGUCCCCGGUGCCUAUGGACCUGGACGCAGUCGUGCGCGACGCCGACCUAUGCCACCUCCCCAUCGUCGACGAGGCCGACAUGCUGCGCUCGCUGUACGAGGCGCGACACACGAUCUCGAACAAGGCAUACAUGCCCAAGGUGGCGCGUGCGGAGCCCGUGGGUCAGGUGGCCGAGGACACGGGCCCGCCUGCGGGGCACUACGACAUCGACGCCGAGACGGAAGCGCACUGGAAGGCGGCGAUCCGUGCCGAGCCCAAGGACUGGGGCGACUCAGAAUCCGAGCACGACAUGGAGGAGGGCGACCUGGCCUCCGGCCUGCAAGAGGCCGAGUACGACUGGAGCGACCGGUUCCGCCCCCGGAAGCCGCGGUACUUCAACCGCGUUCACACGGGCUACGAGUGGACGCAGUACAACCAGAGCCACUACGACUUUGACAACCCCCCGCCCAAGAUUGUGCAGGGGUACAAGUUCAAUAUCUUCUACCCCGACCUGAUUGACAAGAGCGUGACGCCGACGUAUGUCGUGCAGAAGAUCCCGGGCGAUAACGAUACGCAAAUCAUCAUCUUCAAGGCUGGCCCGCCGUAUGAGGACAUUGCGUUCCGCAUCGUGAAGAGGCCGUGGGAGUACUCCCACCGCAAAGGGUUUGUGAGCACGUUUGGCUCUGGCGUGCUCAGGCUGUACUUUUCCUUCUCGCGCCAGUUUUACAAGAAGUAG